AUGAACCUUGUGGAUCUGAUAUCGAUCAUUCCUUGGUGGCUGGAGUUUGUGAUCGAAACUUCUGGCUUCAAGCUUGGCUUCCUGCGGUCCGCGCGGCUCAUCCGCCUGGUCCGCCUCAUGAAGGUCGGUGGUUUGGGGAGGAAGUUCGAGAUCAUGUGCGAGGUCUUUGCCAGGAGCUGGGGCUCGAUCGCGGCCAUCGCCGUCACCCUCUGCGUGCUCUCGCUUAGCCAACGUGGGCUGGGGCCUCUGCCGCGGAGGAGCCCCAGGAGGAGGAUCUCGACAACAACAUCUGGAUCGACAACGGGAAGUGGGUGA